UGCACUUCCUUCCAUUAUUGUGAAGACUAAAAAGCAAAUCAAAUUAAGAAGUAAGCACAUUGGGCAUUGGGGGGAGAAAAGCUCUGUAUCUCUCUCUCUCUCUCUCUCUGCUUUUUCUUGGUGCCUCUGCUAAGCAUCUUUCCCUUACUUUUGUUUUUAAUUUCUUCUUCUACAAUUCUCUGCUUCUUUCCCUCAUUUUGUCGAUCAUUAGGAAUUCAGCCAAGUUUUGUGAGUGUUGCAAAUGGUAUGAAUCUGUGAGUGGCUUUAGUGUGUGUGUGUGUGUGUUUGUGUUCAAGUGGAUUUCGGAUUCCAUGGGACUGUGUCAUGGAAAAGCCAUUCAAGAAAACCCAAAACCCAUUUCACAAAAUCAUGAUUCAGUGAUCCAAUCGGAAUCCCCUACUAAUUUCCCCUUUUACAGCCCCAGCCCUCUGUCCAAUCUCUUCAACAACUCCUCUCCGGCUAACUCCACCCCUCUCCGUCUUUUCAAGCGCCCCUUUCCGCCGCCCUCUCCGGCCAAGCACAUUCGGGCUCUCCUCGCCCGCCGCCAUGCCUCCGUCAAGCCCAAUGAGGCUUCUAUCCCUGAAGGAAGCGAGUGCGAUGUGGGGUUGGAUAAAAACUUCGGCUACUCCAAACACUUUGCCGCCCACUAUGACCUUGCCCACGAACUCGGCCGCGGCCAUUUCGGCUACACUUCCUCUGCCACCGCCAAAAAAGGCCCCCUCAAAGGCCACCCAGUUGCUGUCAAAAUCAUUCCCAAAUCCAAGAUGACUACAGCAAUAGCUAUUGAGGAUGUGAGAAGGGAAGUGAAAAUACUGCGAGCCCUCACCGGACACAAAAACUUGGUGCAAUUCUACGAUGCAUAUGAAGAUCAAGAUAAUGUGUACAUUGUGAUGGAGUUAUGCGAAGGAGGCGAACUUCUCGAUCGGAUACUUUCGAGGGGUGGCAAGUAUUCUGAGGAAGAUGCAAAAAUUAUUAUGGUUCAGAUUUUGAGUGUGGUCGCCUACUGUCACCUUCAAGGUGUGGUUCACCGUGAUCUCAAGCCUGAGAAUUUUCUUUUUACAUCCAAGGAGGAGAGAUCCACUCUUAAAGCUAUCGAUUUCGGGCUCUCUGAUUACGUGAAACCAGAUGAGAGAUUGAAUGACAUUGUUGGAAGUGCUUAUUAUGUUGCUCCUGAGGUUUUACAUAGAUCAUAUGGAACGGAGGCAGACAUGUGGAGUAUUGGUGUAAUUGCUUAUAUUCUCUUGUGUGGAAGUCGACCAUUUUGGGCCCGAACGGAAUCUGGCAUUUUUCGAGCUGUUCUAAAGGCGGAUCCCAACUUUGAGGAAUCCCCAUGGCCUAGUUUAUCCUCUGAUGCAAUUGAUUUUGUGAAGAGAUUGUUGAACAAAGACUACCGCAAGAGAUUGACUGCUGCUCAAGCCCUGUGCCAUCCCUGGUUAGCUGAUCAUCAAGAUAUCAAGAUCCCAUUGGAUACAAUCACUUACAAGCUUGUCAGAGCUUAUAUUUCCUCAUCUUCGCUGCGUAAAUCGGCAUUGGGCGCCGUUGCAAAGACAUUAAGCUCUGUUCAACUGGGUUAUCUUGAGAAGCAAUUUACGGUGUUAGGACCGAACAAGAACGGGUUCAUUUCCAUGCAAAACUUCAAGACGGCUUUAAUCAAGAAUUCAACGGAUGCCAUGAAGGAUUCGAGAGUUGUAGAGUACGGCAACAUGGUUAGUUCCAUUCAGUACAGAAAAUUAGAUUUUGAAGAAUUCUGUGCAGCUGCCAUAAGUAUAUAUCAACUAGAGGGAAUGGAUAACUGGGAACAACAUGCCCGACAUGCCUACGAUCUUUUCGAUAAGGACGGGAAUCGCCCCAUAAUGAUCGAGGAACUUGCAUCGGAACUCGGACUUAGUCCAUCGGUACCGGUUCAUGUGGUUGUCCAGGACUGGAUCAGACACUCGGAUGGGAAGCUUAGCUUCCUGGGAUUUGUGAGACUCGUACACGGUGUUUCGUCUCGCCCGUUGCAAAAAGCAUAAACUGAAUCCACAUAAAUUUUGUGUUGACCAAAACCAUUGAGGAUUCUAUAAUAAUAUGAUCCUAGUGAGAAGGAAGGAAGGUUGUGAUGUGAUGUGGUGUAAUCUGUUGUAGUUUUGUAAGUUGUUUCUUACGUUUUGGCAGUGAAGUGAUUGGUGGGGUUGAAAUUGAUGAAAGGAUUUGUACAGUGGAAGAAUAGAGGAACAACAUAAUGCACUCAAAAUUACUCGAUUUCAUUAUAAAUUAUGAGUUGAAGA